CCCCGGGACUCCUCGGCCCCCGGCCCGCUACGCGCCGGACUCCGCGCUACCCCGGCGUCAGCGGUUGCCAUGGCGACGGUUGCCAUGGUAUUUGGAGCGAGCCUGUUUCUCGGCUGGGCUUCACUGGGGGCGGAGGCCGACCCCCAAACCCCCAACAUCGUGCUCCUCCUGAUGGACGACAUGGGCUGGGGCGACCUGGGCGUGAAUGGGGAACCUUCUAGAGAGACCCCCAAUCUGGAUCGAAUGGCUACCGAAGGGAUGCUUUUCCCCAACUUCUACACUGCCAACCCCCUGUGCUCUCCGUCAAGAGCAGCGCUACUCACGGGCCGCCUUCCCAUCCGCAAUGGAUUCUAUACAACUAAUGGACAUGCCCGAAAUGCUUACACACCUCAGGAAAUAGUCGGAGGAAUCCAAGAUUCGGAGUUCCUCCUUCCUGAGCUGCUGAAGAAAGCAGGCUAUAUCAAUAAGAUUGUUGGCAAGUGGCAUUUGGGUCACAGGCCCCAGUUUCACCCCUUAAAGCAUGGAUUUGAUGAGUGGUUUGGAUCCCCCAACUGCCAUUUUGGACCUUAUGACAACAAGGCCAGGCCCAACAUUCCUGUUUACAGGAAUUGGGAGAUGGUUGGCAGAUUCUAUGAAGAUUUUCCCAUUAAUCUCAAGACAGGAGAGGCUAAUCUCACUCAGAUCUACUUAAAGGAGGCAAUGGAUUUUAUUAAGCAACAGGCUUAUAAACAGCCCUUCUUCCUCUACUGGGCCGUUGAUGCCACCCAUGCACCUGUGUAUGCUUCAAAAGCUUUCUUGGGUACCAGUCAGAGAGGGCGAUAUGGAGAUGCUGUUCGAGAAAUUGAUGAUAGCAUUGGGAAAAUACUGAAGCUGCUUCAGGACCUGGGUAUCCAAGAGAAGACAUUUGUGUUUUUCACAUCCGAUAAUGGAGCCGCCCUCAUUUCCGCUCCCAGUCAAGGAGGCAGUAAUGCACCCUUCCUGUGUGGGAAACAAACCACCUUUGAAGGUGGGAUGAGGGAACCAGCGAUUGCCUGGUGGCCUGGACAUAUAUCUGCCGGACAAGUGAGUCACCAGCUGGGGAAUGUGAUGGAUCUCUUUACCACCAGCCUGUCCCUAGCGGGCCUGCAGCCUCCGGGAGACCGAGAGAUUGACGGCAUUGACCUUCUCCCAGCCAUUACCCAGGGCAAGCUGAUUGACAGGCCCGUCUUCUAUUACCGUGGCAACGAAAUGAUGGCAAUCAGGGUGGGACAGUACAAGGCUCACUACUGGACUUGGAGCAACUCGUGGGAAGAGUUCAAUGAGGGCAUUGAUUUCUGUCCUGGGCAGAAUGUCUCUGGAGUAACCACCCACAACCAAGAGAAACAUACAGAAUUGCCCCUGCUUUUCCACCUGGGAAGAGACCCAGGGGAGAAAUACCCAAUCAGUGUUUCCAGCCUGGAGUACCAGAAUGCUCUUCGUAGAAUAUCUCCAAUCGUCGAGGAACACGAGAAGACCUUGAUACCAGCAGCGCCACAGCUCAACGUGUGCAACCCAGCUGUCAUGAACUGGGCCCCUCCUGGUUGUAAGAAGUUGGGAAAGUGCUUGAGCCCGCCAGAGUCCGCACCAAAGAAGUGCUUUUGGCCCCACUAGCUGCCCCGCCUCCCCGUGGAUCCCAGACACCCACGUGGCAGGUGUGGGGAGCGCAUCUGCCCUGGUGGGGUUGGUCAUAAAGGCAAGAACAUCAGAUGUGAAAAGACAAGUUGUCACAUCCCUCGGUUCCAGCAGUGAUUCUCGUCAGCUCCCUGGUGAGAGACUAGAGCGUAUGCCUGUCUUUGCAAGCUGUUGCCCAGUGUUAAAUUUCUCUGUAACGUUUCUUUAGCGAGUGAAGGAGUGUGGCCCAGAGAAAUGACCACUCAGGAGAGAAACACGAAACUCUCUUCUCUCCCUAUUAAAAAUCAUGUUUCCCAAAGACCCGCAUCUGAAAACAGAGGAGUAGACUUGAACUUGUCCUAAAACCUGUUGCCAAGGGACCUCCCCUCCCAUAUCAACCACAGGGUCACUGAUUGGCAACAGAUAAGGAGGAAAAACAAAUACCCUAUAUUUCUAUUCUCUUUUCCUCUUAAAACCUCCAAAGGCUUUCUGACCUGUGUAUCUCGUUCAUCUUCACAUUGGUGCUGUGAAGGAACAGGUAUUAUUAUCCCCAGUGGUUCUAAUUACCUUCUUGACAAGCUUUCUCUUGGGCCUGGAACCUCAGUUCAGAUAGCCUGAGAGAGAGAGAGAGAGUGUGUGUGUGUGUGUGUGUGUGUGUGUGUGUGUGUGUGCACGAACCUCUAUCAUCUUUCUCCUUCAUAUUUCAAUCCCAGUAUUAACAGUUCAGCUGCCAAACUUGGGUUUCAGUAACGAAAGAUGGAGGAUAGAGGAAGGAACCUCGCAUUGCAGAGAGAUCCUUAUAUUUGUCAUCUAACCCAGCACAUCCUGCCCGAAGGCUUCCUAGUUUCCUCUUGAGCCACUCUCCCCACUGCUAUGGUCCACCGAUGGUCCAAAUGGAUAGAUAGUGUGUGUGAGGAAGGAAGUCUAGAAGAGGGCUGGGGUGGGUAUUUAAAGAGAAGGGGAUACUGAGGCUAUUGCCCUCAGCCUACAAAAAAGUGGAAAGACCCUGCCUGUGUGCCCCACCCCCCAAAACACACACACCGCUGAAAAUGGAGAUAGCCAGAUUCCUGUUUCUUGUGUUGUCUUCAGUGAGAAUCUGCAAUUUCAGCUCCAUCAAUUUCCCUGUUUUUAGUAGGGAUUUAGAGAGGAGUGGAGAGUCACUUAUCCCAUCCCCCAAGGCUGGCAUUAGACUGGAGAGCACUCCAGAGCCCAGCAGGCCAGCCUGCAGUUCUAGAAGACAGCUUCAAGUUAGACAGUGGGGUGGGGGAGGGAGGACCAUGGCUGGGAGCUUCAACUCUUCUUUUCCUCACCACAGUGAAGAGUCAGAGGGAACAGUGGGCAUCUUUUCCUCUCCUUGAAGUGACCUCAAGGGAUGAAAAAUGGGAGCCAUGCUCCUCGUCCCUACUGCAAGCUAGAUAAACGUAAUGUUUUCUCUGCCUCCAGAAAGCUGGCUCUGAUUUGGAGAUGCCUUCUUGGGGCAGAUGCAGCAUCCUCUGUGUGCCUUACUAGAGAGAUGGGGGUGGUGGGGUGAGAGGGGGAGGGAGAGAAACAGGUCUUCAAGGAUGGGAAGCAGGAAUUCCAGGUCUUUCCAUCUCUUCUUCCCAAAGACAUUGGCAGAACUGAAGGCAGUGUGUUCCCCACCUUCCCAGUGGCCCUCUACCUCCAUGACGAGUAUGAAAUACGACACAAGAGACAUACCUGGGAGCUGGGGCCCUUCAGAGCAGGCUUUGUGCUCCUCUGUCUUUGCUCUGGAGCAGCAGGAUAGGGAGUCACAAACCUAGUCCUCAACGACUGACAUAUUUAGGAAUGCCUAGAACUAUACCCUUCUCCCUUCCAUUAUUAGGUGUUCAUUGUGGGCGUGGAGCUAUUUCUUGGGCGUAGGUACAUCUGGCUCCCUGACCUUCCUGUCAUCGAGGCAGGGAGGACCAUCUAGGUUUUCACAGUGACACUGCCUGCCCUCUCUUGGUUCUUAUACUACCUGUGACACUCUCUCCUCAGUCUCCUCUGCUGUAUCUUCAUCCACAUUAUGCCUGUUGACUGUGGUUGUCUCCCAAUGCUCUAUCUUGGCCCCUCUUUCUUUUUGCUCUGUGCUCUUGGUAAUCUCACCAACUCCAGGGGGCUCAGUUGCCUCUACAUAAAUGAUUUCCAGAUCCAUACUUCCAGCCAUAGCCUGUAUCUCAUGGUUUUCAUUCCUACAUCUCCAACUGCUUAUAGACCCCUCAAAUGGAUGUCCUAUAGACAUUUCAAACUCAGCAAGACCAAAGCAGAAGUCAUUAUCUUUCCCCUCAAACCAACCUCUUUUCCUGAACUUCCCUGUUGCCAUUGAGGGCACCACCAUCCUCCCACUCAGCCAGGUUCCCUACUUCUCUGUGGUCCUGGACUCCUCACUCUCGAUAAUCCAACUUAGCCAAUCCAUUGCCAAAUCUUGUUUUUAUCUUCAUGAUAUCUCUGUAUAAUUCCUUUCCCACUGCUGGAGAAAGGCCCACUAUUUAUUUGUCCAUUAUAUUAUUCAAGAUUACUGAUGCAGUUCCAGAGAUUUCAACUAAUGGUUUUUAAACAUCGAUAAUGCUGAUUUUAAGAGUGGUUUGGUAUUAAGGAUGUAAAAUAAGUAUUGGAUCAAAAAUAGUGCUUGUUAAAAAAAAAAUAAUUUUCUAUUCAGGAUGCGAAAUAAAUGAUUGCAAGGAAAUAACCA